AUGGACGAUUUUGUCUCCACUCCGGCGGAGCAGCGAGGCACCGGACAUGUAGACAAGAUGGCGCCGACCUCUCCCAGCGCGGGAGAGUCAAUGGAGGGAAGCGAGGGGGACAACGCACUCACUAUAAUCAGGCAGGAGCUGUCACAGAUCUCUGCCCAAAUGCUGACUAAGGUAGACACCGGCAACCUGCUGCACGAGUUUCGGACGGCGGUGAGGGAAGAAAUUUCCGCCCUGCUCACAGACCUGGCGGCAGUGGAGGUGAGGGUGGACGCACUGGAGACAGAAGCACAGGUGUGCCGUAAUCAGCACUGGGCCACCGGGCUCGUGACCACUCGCCAGGGUAACCUCCUCCUGACCCUACGCCGCCAGGUUGAAGAUUUAGAAAACCGCAGCCGCCGUCAAAAUAUUAGGAUCCGCGGCCUACCGGAACCGGACUGGGGGGAUUGGUGGGGCCCCCGGGAUACCACAAAGUCCGUGGAUUUGACGACGGGUGGGUGCUCGGGCGGGAGGACCCAUGGGGGUCUAGCUCGGUGGCCGGGGGGCUGGCGGUAGUAGAAAUGUAAAUAGUUUGCACUGUACCUAGUUUGUACACAGACACAGACACUUAGUGGCCCGGGGCGGGCGCAGGGCGAUACAGAGACACGACACAUCGUACCUCGUACACACAGCGAGACUGACCAGUUACCUGCGUGGAUACUGCGCACAACCACUAGGAUAGACUGUGGGAGGCACGGGGAAUAACCCCUGGCAGGUACCCUCCACAGACAGUCAAGUCCCUACACAAAUCGACAGCGGACACGGACGAAGUACCGAACCCAACCCAGACCACAGACGACCUUUUCACUUGAACGACUGGACUUGACCCACCCUUCCCUACCAAUCCUCUUCCCUCCCCCCCCACCCUCUCCACCAAGAUGGUGCGGCCGGAGGGCUCGUCGGGAGCUGGGGGGUUCUGUCCCGCGCGCUGCGCAUAUGGACCAACAACGUCAGAGGGCUCAAUGCCCCUGAGAGGCGGUCGCACCUGCUACGGUCCCUGUGGGUCAAUAGGGCCUCAAUUGCGUUUCUCCAGGAGACUCAUUUUAGAGGCUCGGACCACCCCGCGCUACGCGACUCAAGAUUCCCUACUGGCUGCUUUGCCAAUCACUCAAGCACAAAAAAGGCAGGGGUGGCGAUCUUAUUUGCCAGACACAUACUGUUCUGCUGCCUGGAAACAAAGGGGGACCCGAAUGGACGCUACCUGUUCAUUAAAGGCACGAUUGCAGACAGACGAAAUACGUUCGCCUCAAUUUACGCCCCGAAUACGAGCCAACACCGCUUUCUCUCCAAAACCCUCAAGCUGCUUGACCACUUCCGUGAAGGACUUCUCAUUGUAGCUGGGGACCUGAAUGUCCCCCUUGACCUCCGUAUGGAUACAUCUAAAGGCCGGAUCUCGCACUCGGACUUGUGCCGCCGCGUUACCCACAACGCAAUCCGCGCCGCCGGACUAGCAGACGCGUGGCGAAUCCUCCAUCCGGAGGAUAAAGGCUUCACCUACUAUUCACCAGUCCACCGAGGGCACAGUCGCUUAGACUACAUUUUGGUGGCCCAAGAAUUCCUGCAUUUGCUCCAGACCUGUGAUAUCUGA